CGCCUCUGCGUGAUCACGUGUCCGCCGUGCUCCACUUCCAGGAAGUAAAAACAUUAAUCUGCCGUUUUUUAUUCUCUAAUUUCACCCCAAACUCAAAAAUAAUCGGACCCGGAUAAUUGACCGAUCCUUCAGUAUGACCAGAAGCGACCCUUAGACAUGUACAUUAACUGACCUGCGUCUUCUGAGGUUUGAUCGCGGAAAAGUGCCGGAGAGGAAUGGAGGAGACGAGCCGGGAGGCGGUGGCCACGGCGGUGCAGCGGGUGGCGGGGAUGCUCCAGCGCUCCGACCAGCUCGACAAGGUGGACCAGUACCGCAGGAGAGAGGCCCGAAAGAAGGCGUCUGUGGAGGCCAGGCUCAAGGCAGCCAUCCAGUCUCAGUUGGACGGCGUUCGGACCGGUCUGACUCAGCUGCACACGGCGCUGGUGGAUGUGAAGCAGAUCCAGAGCUCCCUGGGCGACGUGAGCAAAGACUGGAGACAAAGCAUCAACACCAUCGAGAGCCUGAAGGACGUGAAGGACGCGGUGGUGCAGCACAGUCAGCUGGCCUCUGCUGUGGAGAACCUCAAGAACAUCUUCUCUGUCCCAGAGAUCGUGGCCUCCACUCACCAGCUGAUAGAACAGGCUGAUCUGCUGCAGGCUCACAGGAAACUGAUGGAGCUGGAGAGCUCCAGAGACGACCUCAUGUAUGAACAGUACAGGAUGGACAGCAGGAACACCAGUGACAUGCACCUCAUCUCCAUUUACUUUGAGGACGUCCAGGGUUUGUCAGAUGAACUGGCCAAGCAGCUGUGGAUGGUCCUGCAGAGGGCCAUGGUGACGGUGCGCAGAGACCCCACUAUGUUAGUGUCGGCCGUGAGGAUCAUCGAGAGGGAGGAGAAGAUCGACCGCAAGAUGGUGGACAGGAAGAGACAGACGGGCUUCAUCCCUCCGGGGAGACCCAAACGCUGGAAAGACAAGAUGUUUCAGGUUCUGGAGGGCACGGUGAGCACCCGUAUAGAGGGCACCCAGAGCGUGACCCGGGAGGCGGAUAAGAUGUGGCUGGUGCGUCUCCUGGAGAUCAUGAGGAAAUACGUGUUGGACGACCUCAUCGUGGUCCAAAACCUCAUGGUGCAGUGUUUCCCCCCACACUACAACACGUUCAACAGGUUUUUCAGCCUGUAUCAUAACGCUGUCUCCACUCGUGUGACUGAACUGGCUGCAGAGGAUCUGGAGGCCAAUGAAAUCGUGUCUCUGCUGACCUGGGUCCUGAACACGUACAAGAGUUCCGAGAUGAUGGGGCACCCUGAGCUGAGCGCGGAGUGUGACGUGAACUCUCUGGAGCCUCUUCUGCCGCAGGACGUGGUGCACGAACUGCUCAGCAAAUACAUCCAGACCUUCACUUCUAAUAUCACCGGCUGGCUCAGGAAGGCUCUGGAGACGGAUAAAAAGGACUGGCAGAAAGAAACUGAGCCAGAGGGAGACCAGGACGGGUACUACCAGACCACACUGCCCGCUAUAGUCUUCCAGAUGUUUGAACAGAAUCUGCAGGUCGCCGCUCAAAUCGACGGAGACUUCAGAGAACAGGUCCUCAAGCUCUGCCUCAAACAAAUGAACAGUUUCCUACUAAGGUACCGAGAGGAGGUGGUGCUGUACAAAGAGGAGCACCUCAGAGACAGACAGCUGCCUCAGUGUUAUGUCCAGUACAUGAUCGCCAUCAUCAACAACUGUCAGACCUUCAGAGAGUCGAUAAACAGCCUGAAGAGGAAGUACAGUGCGAACCCGGAGCACACGGAGAGCGACGCCGCCAUCGAGAGAACCCUGAACGAAGUGGCCAAAGAGGGCUGCCAGUAUCUGCUCGACGAGGUCUUCCUGGAUCUGGAGAAUCACCUGAACGAGCUGCUGACCAGGAAGUGGCUGAGCGGCUCUCACGCCGUGGACACCAUCUGCGUGACGGUGGAGGACUAUUUCAACGACUUCAACAGGAUCAAAAACCCCUUUAACCAGGAGAUGACCGGAGAGGCGCUGAGGCGGGUGGUGGUGGAGUAUCUCAAAGCCGUGAUGCAGAAACGCGUCACUUUUAAAAACGCCGACGAGCGGAGGGACGGAGCCGAGCGCAUGAUCAAGGAGGCGGAGCAGUUCAAGUUUCUCUUCAGGAAACUCUCUGCGGGAGAAGACACGGACCGUCUGUGCGGAGCGAUCGCCGCCAUCGCUGAAGUGUUCAAGCUCACAGACCCCACUCUGCUCUACCUGGAGGUGUCCACGCUCGUGUCCAAGUACCCCGACAUCAGGGAGGAGCACGUCCAGGCUCUGUUGGCCGUCCGAGGCGACGCCAGCAGGGAGAUGCGUCAGAUGAUCAUCGGCACUCUGAGCGAAAACAGAGCGCCCCCCUCCGGUUUCGCUCAGCCCAUCUUCAGAGACAUCCCCGUGCCCAACAUCGCCAUGACGACCAUGACGACCAUGACCUCCAUGGCGACCGCUAAGCUGCUCAAAUAACCGUUCACCUUUGCACCUUCGGAGAGAGAAGAGAAAAGACUGAAAACACACGCGCCUUUGUGAUAAUAAUGACGUAGUGAUUAUGUGUGUGCCACCGAAUCAAUAAAUUUAAAACUCUAAUUUAAAAAAGUGGAUUGUGGAGAGAUUGUGCUUCUUAUUCUUUGAUUCAUCCAUUCAUCGAUCCUCCAUUUGAUUUUCAUUCAGCACCAAUAGAUGUUUUUCAGUGAUGUCGGGUAAACGUCGCUCCCGGUUAAUGUUUUUCUGUGGCAAAAUGUGUGUGUAAAUGUCUGGCAUAUUUUCCACCAGCUUCAUAAAUCUGCCCCAUCACCAAAUCUUCAACCAACAAGAUUCUAACAUGAAGAAUUUAUCCACAACUAUCAAGGGAAGAAAGACGAAAACUUAACGACGCAUUAGUGACACACUGAACAAAACAUAUGCUAUUUUUGACCAAUUUAAUCCCUGUCAUCAGUAAAGAGAGGCAUAACUUGUAAUUUGUAUCGGUAAAAUACAGAAAAUCUGCUUAAAAACGACCAAAACACACAAAAAAUGUGACUAAACUGUCUCACAUUAGA